CGGCUGCUUCUGUGAUUGUGGAGGUGGGCGUGAAGCCCCUUGGUGGUGUUUUGGCGUCGUGGGAUCGGCUUGAUGUGGUGUGCCGCCCAGGCUGGGGUAGACGGUGGGGAGUGACUACACGUCUGGAAUAUGGCUAUGGAUUGGCUAGGCAGUAUUGUGUCAAUCAACUGUGGCGAAAGCUUGGGUGUCUAUCAGGGAAGAGUAUCAGCAGUGGACCAGGUCAGCCAGACCAUUUCUCUUACUCGGCCCUUCCACAAUGGAGUGAAGUGUCUUGUACCAGAAGUCACCUUUCGGGCAGGUGAUAUUAUAGAAUUGAAAAUUCUAGAGAUACCAGAUCCUGGAGACAAGCAGCAGUUUGGAGACCUUCAUCAGACAGAAUUAGGCCCUUCUGGUGUUGGGUACCAAGUGGGUAUCAAUCAGAAUGGUACAGGCAAGGUGGUCAAGAAGCCAACCUCUUCCAGUAGUACCCCUCAGAACAUCCCUAAGAGGACAGAUGUGAAGAGCCAGGAUGUUGCCGUUUCCCCUCAGCAGCAGCAGUGUUCGAAGAGUUAUGUGGACAGGCACAUGGAAUCCUUGAGUCAGUCCAAAAGCUUCCGUCGUCGGCACAACUCUUGGUCAUCUAGUAGCAGGCACCCAAACCAGGCAACCCCAAAGAAAAGUGGUUUAAAGAAUGGCCAGAUGAAGAAUAAAGAUGAUGAGUGCUUUGGAGAUGAUAUUGAGGAGAUCCCAGACACAGACUUCGACUUUGAGGGGAACCUGGCCCUUUUUGACAAGGCAGCCGUGUUUGAGGAGAUUGACACCUAUGAAAGGAGAAGUGGCACCCGUUCCCGGGGUGUCCCAAAUGAACGGCCUGCUAGGUACCGCCACGACGAGAACAUCCUGGAAUCAGAGCCUAUUGUCUACCGUAGGAUCACGGUACCGCACAGUGUGAACAAGGAAUUCUGCACAGACUCUGGCCUGGUGGUUCCAAGUGUUUCAUAUGAGCUACAUAAAAAGCUGUUAUCUGUGGCUGAGAAGCAUGGGCUGACCUUAGAGCGGAGGCUUGAGAUGACGGGUGUGUGUGCCAGUCAGAUGGCACUGACUCUCCUCGGAGGACCCAACAGGUUGAAUCCUAAGAAUGUCCACCAGAGGCCUACAGUAGCCCUGUUGUGUGGGCCCCAUGUGAAGGGGGCUCAGGGUAUCAGUUGUGGGAGGCACCUAGCCAACCAUGAUGUGCAAGUCAUCCUCUUCCUGCCCAACUUUGUCAAGAUGCUGGAAUCUAUCACCAAUGAACUUUCUCUCUUCAGCAAGACCCAAGGUCAACAAGUGUCUAGCCUAAAAGAUCUCCCUACUAGCCCUGUGGACCUGGUUAUCAACUGCCUGGAUUGUCCUGAGAAUGCCUUCCUGCGGGAUCAGCCCUGGUACAAGGCGGCUGUGGCCUGGGCCAACCAGAACCGGGCGCCAGUGCUCAGUAUAGACCCUCCUGUGCAUGAAGUUGAACAAGGCAUCGAUGCCAAAUGGUCCCUGGCACUGGGCCUGCCUCUGCCCCUGGGAGAGCACGCGGGCCGAGUCUAUUUGUGUGACAUUGGCAUUCCCCAGCAGGUCUUCCAGGAGGUCGGCAUCAACUACCACUCACCCUUUGGCUGCAAGUUUGUCAUUCCCCUGCACUCUGCCUAGAGGGGCUCUGGGCAGCUGGGCCCUGUGUUCCCCUGCACUCCUGUCGCCAAACCCAACAACGGACGCCUUAAGGAUGUGAA